GACUAUUAGAUUGUUAGAUUAAAAAAAUUACAUAUGCCUAUGAAAUGUUACAGAUACAAAGACGGAUAAAAAUGGAUGAUUUAAAUUAAAUUUAUUUAAGUACAUUUCUUUUAAAAAAUAAACAUAAUUAAAAUUGAAAGUAUGACCAUCUAUAUUAAGGCCUAAGCAUAACUUAAAUUAUUUUAAUAUAUGCCAAAUUUUAAAAAAAUACAAUCAGUAUGUGUUUGGAAUCCAAGUUUUAAAAGAAGUUAACCACUGAAUUAGUGGAAGUAACUGGGUAAGCAUCUGUAAUCAGACUGUUGGAAUGCUAAACAAGCUUUUGACCAUAGUAGUUUAUGUUGCAGGUGCACAAGAAUAUUUUCUUUUUGGUUUAUUUAGAUCAAUUAAGUUACUUAUUUCCUUCAAAGCUAAGAAACUGGAAGUUGAACAAACAGAAAUGCUUGUUUUCCUCUCCCAGUCUAUGAACAAAAAUGAGGUGUGAGCGGAUGAGCUCUACUUUUUUAAAAAAAAAUUAAAUAGCGUGGUGAUCAGAAACAAUCAGUUCAUUUUCACUAGCUACAGAUAAUAUAUCGUUUGUUUAGUUAAAUCAUGUCAUUCAACUGCAAAACCUGUUUUGAUCAACUUAUUUUAUAUUUAUACAGCAUGCUUAAGGAGAGUUAACUGAAACAAAAAGCUGUUUUUAUGCAUUUUAAUUAAAUUCCAGUUUAUACCAAGAUGCAGGUUGAGGCAAAACAUGAAUUAAAAAAAAAAUCUAGUAAAUGUCAUUCACUAUUUUCCAGCAUAAGAAAAUGAAUUUAUAAAUUAAGCAUCUGAAUAUAUUUUAAGCUAUAUAAUUACUUAAAUAAAUGGGUAUAGAUACAGUGUAGUCUUUUGGUUAGCAAAAAGUAUUAAACUUAAUGUAAAGGCUAUAUUGAGUAGCGAAUCAACGUGAUCUCAUGGUGAUCAAUCAAUGGGAAUCAGCAUUAGGAAAAUAAAAUACAAAUAUAAAUCCAAGAUUAAAAUCCUCAAUUUAAAUAAAGUUCUGUGCUUAUUUUGAAUCAUGAAUAAACUCUGAUAUAAAUCACACUUAUUUAAAUCAGUCAAAUCUGAUCAGUACAUCCAAGUUAACUUGUCGAUUGUUUGUUUAUACCAGAUAAUGUGUAUGGUAAGAGACCUAUCUUUUGGGUUAGGGUUAUGCCUUGAAACUUACACCAAUUUUCAACUGAUGAGAGUGCAGUAGAGUUCAUAUGCCUCCAAAAUGUCUAAGUGUGAAAUAUAGAUGAUAAUGUCGAGGAUGUUAGGUGAUAUUAUAGUCUUUCCAGGUCUGGGACCAAAUUAAAAUAAAUGAAUAUGUCAGGUACCAGCAGGUAUUGGACUCGAUGGGCACUCCUUGCUGUGAUGCCAGUACCUGUAGAUUCCCCUGCAUGGGACAGUAAAAUGGGCAACUUGGACAUGCUGUCCACUCCUGAAAUGUAUGAAGCAGCCAGGGAUCUUGAACUGAUGGCCCAUGCUCUCCUUCCCCGAGGGUAUCACUGGAGCAACAACCAGGACCAUCCUCUGCAAGUCUCCUGGUACCAUCUAGAGACAAGUCAGCUGUGAUGCAUUGUUCCCCUUCAUCCCGGCACCAUGCCUCCCAGGACCAUUUCCCACGGCGCCGAACCUCCAUAGGAUGGCUCCUCCGGGGACCGUUCCCCUGAUCAUCGGUCACUUGCACCAUCUGGGACAGUUCCUCAUGGUCCUCAAGACUAGAAUUAACUUUGGAUUCAGAGCCUGAAUCCUAUGCAUCCAUGGCAAGUUGACAACCAGUCCAGGGAUCACCACAGGGACAAAUGCUGCCAGCUGUCUGCCCAGCAUUUGGCACCACAAUGGCAGACACCUCCACGAUGGCCCUUCUGGAUGUCCUGGGCAUAUCAUCAAGCCCAAGAGCCUAGUUCCAGAUAGGUUUCACUGGUGUCAGGGAGAAAAGGACCACCAUCAGCUUCUAUGGCUAAGGAACCCAAGAGGGGUGCCGAAAAGUAUAUCUAUACUCAGCCCGCACCGUGCUCAGAGUGCAGUCUGUCCUCACGUGACCCCUAGGAUGGCUUCAGACACAGGAACUGUAAUUGGUGCUUGGCACCAGCACCGGUACAUAAUCUAGCACUGCGGUGCAAUCCAGAGAGGCAGUUAACCUGGCCAGUGCCCUGCUUCCCCCAAUGCAGCUUGAGGCUCUCCUUCCCCAAGGGUAUCCCGUCGAACACCAUAAAGACCUUGUGGCAAAUCCCUGCUUCCACUCCACUCACUGCAAAGGGGUAUGACUGACUAUACACAGUAGGCUCAUCCUCAGCUGGGUACUUUGGUGGUCUGUAUGGCAAAGGCUUAGGAGAGGCAGGGGAAGCAAGGUCCACCCCUAAGUCAAAGAAAGUGAAGAAAAUGAACCUCUAUUUGACAGUGGGUGCUUCAGCUAAAAUAUCAAAUCAGCAGGUGGUUCUUAGCCACUAUAAUUUUAAUUCCUGCACAUUCGUUAGGGAAAAUUCGUUAGGGAAUUUUAAGGAACUUCUUCAUGAGCACAGGCCACAUCCAUGGCACUUAUUGUACAUGUUCUAUUCAGGACAUUUGCAGAGCAGAUACUUGGUCUUUGGACCAUACCUUUCUCACUACACCAUUUGUCAACACUCCAGAGAUGAUGCUGUCUUUGGAAGAGCAAUACUUCAGUCUGCAAAUUAGGAAUCCCCGACCUGUUCACCAGAUAACUGCUUGGGAAUCACCUACUUGGAAUUGACAAAAGCAAUCACUUGAAGACAAAACUGUUCUUCGAGAUGUGUUGCUGAUGUCCAUUCCAAGACACUCCCGCUUUCCCUCUGUCAGAGUUUCUCCAGCAAGAAUGAACUGAGCAGGGGGAGGGUUGGGAGUGGACUAUAGACAGCAACAUAAUGGUGCCACUCCAGGAGGCUCCACAGCUGACUGACAGAUACUGCUAAGGGAAAACCUUUCGACAACUGUGCAUGCAGUGUGCACACAUCUAUUCAGAAUGGACAUAAGCACCAUAUCUUGAGGAAGUUAUGAGAGGACAAGGUGUGGAUGAGCCCCUCUCUGCAACUGGUUUCAGACAAGCAGGUGCUGCUGGUAUAUUUCUCAGUAAUGUAAAGUUUACUCAUGUCUUCUCAAGUGAUCUCCUUCGAGCAAAGCAGACUGCAUCCACAAUUAUAGAAAAGAAUAAGUUUUGCAAAGAUAUUGUAAUACAGUAUGAUGCAAGACUUCGGGAGAGGAAAUAUGGGAUUGCUGAAGGAAGGCCAUUGAAUGAUCUCAAGGCAAUGGCAAAAGCUGCUGGAGAGCAAUGUCCUUUGUUUACACCAUCUGGAGGAGAAACACUAGAUGAGGUAAGGGCACGUGCAAAAGAUUUCUUUGAAUUUCUGUGUCAACUUUCUAUUGAAGAGUAUCAGAAAGAACAAGCUGUUCAGGAUAUGGUGGGCAAUGGCUUGGAAACACUAGAAGGAAGACCAGUUUUCCCUUUGAGAAAUCACUGCAGUGGAAUUGAACUUAAUUCUGAUACUGACAGAGCUGGAAAAAUGUUGAAUGCUAAUAUAUUAGUAGUGAGUCAUGGGGCAUACAUGAGAAACUGGUUUGGUUAUUUUGUUUUGGAUCUAAAGUGCACUUUACCAUCAACUUUAAAAAAGUCUCAAUUAUCUUCUGUGAGCCCUAAUACUGGAGUGAGUCACUUCAUUAUAAAUUUUGAAAAUGGAGACAUGAAUAAGCCUGAAAUCAAUUGUACUUGUCUUAAUCAAAAUGAUCAUUUAGCAGAUAUGAAUACUGAAAAAGUGUAACUCAGGCAAUUACAAUGUUAGCAAUAUUAAAUGUAUUAUGUAGCAUUUUUAGUCUUAAGUUAUUUAAGCAUGAUACAUUUUUAUUUAAAAAAAAAACCUUUAAAUAGCAAAUAAAUUUUGACUGUUAUAUUUAGUAAAUUGGUCUUCAUUGGGUUGACUUGAGUUCAGUUAUUGGCACUGUACUACAAGAUUUUGAGGAAUUGUAAUCUGUUUUACAAUAACAUACAAUAUGGAUGACCAUAGUGCUUGAUGAUAAUUCAGUAUUGUAAAAAUUAUACUAAAACAUAUUGCUUAUUAACAGAAACUUAAAGAUAUUACUAUUCAGGAGUCCUGAAUAGUAUGUUGCUGUAGUGUUUUUUUAAAAUAUAUAUCUUUUUACCAUUCUACCAAAAAUGUUAUAGAUACCAUCAGCUGUUUUUCAGAAAAAUGUUACAUUACAAAAGUUUUGGAAAUACUGUAACUAAGGAAGUUAAUUUUUUGCCAGUCUACUGUGCUGUAACUUUAUAUAUGUACGUUUCUUAUAAAUGUGUUCUAUUUUAAUGGUAUUACCUGAUAGAGGGAGCAUUGUCGAUUUGGAAAGAACAUGGAACAGUAUGUGGUUGGAGAAAAUCUGGCUCUGCCACUGACAAGCUCUGAGACCCUGGGCAAGUCUCUUAAUCUCUCCAUGCCUCAGUUUCUCUAUCUGCAAAAAUGGGAAUGAUAAUACUUGCCUCACAGGUUUGUUACGAGGAUUCAGGUUAAUAAAACAUUUUUUAAAUCCUCUGCAAAACAUCCUUGUACAAAUACAGAAUGUUGAUUGUUUAAAACAGUAGAGUGAGGAAUUCUAACUCGUGCAUAGCCAAAAUAAUGGCCCCUAUCCUGAAAAGGAAUUGUUCCACGUGGAUCACUGUAAACCAGCUAGAGUCCCACUGAUUUUAAAUAGGAUUCUCAUGAGUGGUUAUGUUUGCAGGGUUUAGGUUGCUGUAAGCACUCGAUGAGUGUUUAUAGUUGUAAUACUGUGUGGUCUUUCACCUUAGAGAUGUCUGUAGUAUUUGCAUGUAUGAACGCGUAUAUCAUAUAAUGAACCUCUAUAUUAUUUAUGUUGAAAUGAAACUAUUCUUGCAACUUGCAUAUCUUAAAAAUUGUAAAUAAAAUAAUUAAAUUCCUAUUGUCUAGCA